AUGUUUCGAAACAAUUACGAUAACGAUUCCGUCACAUUCUCGCCCCAGGGCCGAAUAUUCCAGAUCGAGUAUGCUGGCGAGGCUGUCAAGCAAGGUUCAGUAGUCGUGGGCAUCGCCAGUAAAACCCACGUCGUCCUGUGCGCCAUCAAGCGAAACGCAGAGGAGCUGUCCUCGUACCAGAAGAAGCUAUUCACCGUCGACGAACAUGUCGGUCUCGCUAUCGCCGGUCUGACCUCGGACGCCCGCGUCCUCUCCAACUUCAUGAAGCAACAGUGCCUUGGCCACCGUCUCACAUACGGCCGUGCCAUGCCCGUCAGCUCCCUGGUCGACCUCAUCGGCGAGAAGGCCCAGACGAACACCCAGAUGUACGGCAAGAGACCCUACGGUGUCGGCCUGCUGGUUGCCGGCGUUGACGAGAAGGGCACCCACCUGUUCGAGUUCCAGCCUUCCGGCAUGACGGAGGAGAUGGUGGCGUUCGCGAUCGGCGCACGCAGUCAGAUGGCGAGGACAUAUCUCGAGCGCAACCUCGACAAGUUCGAGAAUGCCUCAAGGGAAGAGCUGAUCCAGCACGGCCUGAAGGCGCUCAAGGAGAGCUUGGUUCAGGACAAGGAGCUGACCGUGGAGAACACAUCAGUCGGUGUUGCCGGUGCUCAAACAGAGGGCAAGAAGGGUAUCGAGCCUUUCAAGCUUUACGAUGGGUUUGACGUCCAGGAGUGGAUCGAGAGUGUUGCAGAUGGCCCUAGCGCCGGUGACGAAGCAGAGGGCGAGGGCAUGGACGUGGACAACUAG